GUUCCCCCUCGUUCUAAACACAGAUUCCAGAAGCGGUCAUUUGGCACGGCUUUUGCGCCAGUCGCGAUGAGUGAGGAAGACAGCUCAGACGGAAGCGAUGCUCAGGCAGACGAAGCACACUGGUCGGCCCCUGCAGGCUCAGAUCAGUAUACCGAGCCACAUCGUGCGGAACAUUACCCUUCGCAGUCAUGCGAUCCACCGCAAAAUCCAGUUGAAACUUCAUCCUCCGAUGGCAGCGGAUCAGAACCUGAAGCUGACUCUGAGCCAGACCACAGCGAGCGGCAGUGCAUGGAGGACUGCAAGGACGAGCUGGAUGAAGACCUGUUUCCAGGAUCCAAGGUGACAAGAGCUGAAAGCUUGUUGAUGGUAAUGGCUCACAGCCUGCGCCAUGGUUCUUCAAAGGAAGCCACAGAAAGCUUACUCCAGCUUCUGAGUGCUCAUUUGCCGGCAGGAGUGUCUUACCCAACAUCAAAGUACACCUUCUUUCGGCACUUCUGUGGUGCUGGCAAGCAAUAUGUAAAGCACUUUUAUUGCAGCAGAUGCAGUGGAUACAUCGGCGAACUGGUGCAAGCCGAAAAUGUGACAUGCAGCCAGUGCAGCUUAGCACAUAUUGGUGAAACCUUAAUGAAAAGUUCAUCUUUUUUUCUUGUUAUGGAUCUAAAGAGCCAAAUCCGUGACAUCUUGGAAUCAAAAAGUCUGCAAGAAACCAAGAAAGCUGCAUCUUUUGAUGUGAGUGACAUUACUCAGAGUUAUCAGUACCACAAGUUGCCAUUGGGACCAAAUGAUGUCACUUUAACUUUUAAUACUGAUGGUGUGCCCCUUUUUGAAAACUCUAAAUCCAGUAUGUGGCCUCUGCUUGCAAUGAUAAAUGAGCUUCCCUACAAGCAACGUAUUGAGAACCUCCUGCUAGCAGGACUUUGGUUUGGUCCAGGAAAGCCAGCAAUGAACUGUUUUUUAAUUCCUUUUAUAAAGGCCAUGAAUGAGCUGUCAUCGAGUGGAAUUCUGUGGAACGACAAAGAUGGAGUGCAGCAGACGUCAAAGGUGUUCCCAGGUCCAUGUGCUGUGGAUAGUGUCGCUAGGUGUCGCAUCCCAGAGGCGUGGAAACGCUCUAAGGUAGUCCUGAUACCGAAGCCGGGCAAGCCGUCCAGCAUCGAUCACUUGCGGCCCAUUGCCGUCACAUCCUGCGUUGGCAAGGUGAUGGAGCACGCGUUCCUCUCCCGUAUCGACUGCCACCUCGAGGACACUGGAGCCUACCGACGCACUAUGGUGGGCUUCGGGUCACACCUCCCCACUUAG